UAGAAGCAUAAAGAGACGUUUCCUUUGUGAAGGCUGAUAAGAGAGUCGAAUAGCAGUUUGAAGUGGUAUGGCUUGACUGCUUUUACAUUUGCAAUGAGAGAGCUACAUUUCUCAGUGCUGGAGGGGAAGCGAUGCUAGUAGUGGAUUAUACUCAUUGCAGCACAAUUGAAAACAAUAAAUCCUAAUCACUGGUAGACUAUAAACAAGUGUGAUGCUGAAAUGAGAUGAGGCUCCGAAAUGGAACUGUGGCCACCGUGUUAGUUUUCAUCACUACUUUCCUCAGUUUGUCCUGGUACACUGCGUGGCAAAAUGGGAAAGAAAAGUUGAUUGCUUACCAACGGGAAUUCCAUGCUUUGAAAGAACGCCUUCGCAUAGCUGAGCACAGAACUUUGCAGCGCUCCUCUGAGUUAAAUGCCAUCUUGGAGCAGUUCAGGCGUGCAGUAGCAGAAACAAAUGGAAGUAAGGAUGCAUUAAACAAUUUUUCAGAUGAAACACUGAAAUUGCUAAAAGAACUAACAAGCAGAAAAUCUCUUCAAGUGCCAAAUAUUUAUUACCAUUUGCCUCACUUAUUGAAGAAUGAAGGAAGUCUUCAACCAUCAGUGCAGAUUGGCCUUGGACGAACAGGAGUUUCAAUUGUGAUGGGAAUUCCCACGGUGAAAAGAAAAGUCAAAUCUUAUCUUACAGAAACUCUCCAUUCUCUUAUUGAUAAAUUGUCUCCUGAAGAGAAAUUGGAUUGUGUUAUGGUUGUCUUCAUAGGAGAGACAGAUCUUGAUUAUGUCCAGGGUGUUGUAGCAAGCCUGGAAAAAGAAUUUUCUACAGAAAUCAAUUCUGGCUUGGUGGAAGUAAUAUCCCCUCCUGCAACUUAUUAUCCUGACUUGACAAACUUAAAAGAGACAUUUGGAGAUUCAAAAGAGAGAGUCAGAUGGCGAACAAAGCAAAACUUAGACUACUGCUUUCUUAUGAUGUAUGCCCAGAAAAAGGGCAUCUAUUAUAUUCAGCUUGAAGAUGACAUUGUUGUCAAACAAAAUUAUUUCAGCACAAUAAAAAAUUUUGCACUUCAGCUUGCUUCUGAAGAUUGGAUGAUUCUAGAAUUUUCUCAGCUGGGUUUCAUUGGUAAAAUGUUCCAGUCUCCAGAUAUCACGCUUAUUGUGGAGUUUAUAUUUAUGUUUUAUAAGGAGAAACCUAUUGAUUGGCUGUUAGAUCAUAUCCUCUGGGUGAAAGUCUGCAACCCUGAAAAAGAUGCAAAACAUUGUGAUCGACAAAAAUCUAAUCUACGAAUACGCUUCAGGCCUUCUCUUUUCCAACAUGUUGGCCUUCACUCCUCACUAGCAGGAAAGAUCCAGAAACUCACAGAUAAAGAUUUCCUGAAACCGUUACUACAUAAAAUUCAUGUGAACCCACCUGCAGAGGUUUCUACAUCUUUAAAAGUCUACCAAGGACAUACACUGGAAAAAACCUACAUGGGGGAGGAUUUUUUCUGGGCUGUUACUCCUGUUGCUGGGGAUUAUAUUCUAUUUAAAUUUGACAAGCCAGUCAACGUAGAAAGAUACCUGUUUCAUAGUGGCAAUCCAGAGCAUCCUGGCGAUAUAUUGCUAAAUACAACAGUGGAGGUUUUGCCUUUUAAGAAUGAAGACUUUGUAGUAACCAAAGAAACCAAAGACAAACGCUUAGAGGACGGCUAUUUUAGGAUAGGUAAAUUUGAAAGCGGCAUAGCAGAAGGUACAGUUGACCCAAGUCUAAACCCAAUUUCAGCAUUCCGACUUUCAGUAAUCCAAAACUCAGCAGUUUGGGCAAUUCUGAAUGAGAUCCAUAUUAAAAAGGUCACAAACUGAUCAACAUCUCUUUGGAGAUUGCAGACUUUUCCUAAUAAAUCCUACAUCCUUAACAAGUCACAGAUUGAAAGUACUAAGCAUGCACCUUAUUCAAGUCUUUCUGAUUUCUCACUCAAACUCUACCUCUUGUGAAAUCUACUGUAGAUGAGAAGAUUGUAAUUAACCCUUCUUGUCAGAUCCAUCCAGAAACUGAUGUUCCAUACUGUUAAUAUUCAUAAAGUCUAAAUUGUCCUCCAUUUCAACGUGACUUUACCAUCUUAUGGUUGCAGAAGUCUGCUACUCCUAGCCUGUGCUAUUUUGAUGGUAUAGUAACACAGAGAAGUUGUACAUAUUGUUACAUUCCUUGAAGAUGAAAAACUAUAAUUAUUGUUAAAUGCAUUUUGUGAAGGGGGUACUUUUGGAGUUCCAUUUAUUUUGCUAUAACA